GGGCGGGACGCAGCAGGAUCCGCGGCCGGAGAGCGGCGUCGGCGGAGCGGAGGGUCCCGGUCAGCCGGGUUUAGGAGGCCCAUUCCUCGCCCCCACCUGUAAGGUGGCCAUCAGCCUGGAGGGAUGCCACCCCCGUCGGACAUUGUCAAGGUGGCUGUGGAGUGGCCGGGUGCCAACGCUCAGCUGCUGGAGAUUGACCAGAAGCGGCCUCUGGCGUCCAUCAUCAAGGAGGUCUGUGACGGGUGGUCGCUGCCCAACCCAGAGUACUACACGCUGCGCUACGCAGAUGGGGCCCAGCUGUACAUCACAGAGCAGACCCGCUGUGACAUCAAGAACGGGACCAUCCUCCAGCUGGCUGUUUCUCCAUCCAGGGCCGCCCGCCAGCUGAUGGACCGGACACAGUCGCACAGCAUGGAGGCUCGGCUGGAGGCCAUGAAAGAGCUGGCCAAGCUCUCUGCGGACGUCACCUUUGCCACAGAGUUCAUCAACAUGGACGGCAUUUCGGUGCUCACCCGCCUCGUGGAGAGCGGCACCAAGCUCCUCUCCCACUACAGUGAGAUGCUGGCAUUCACCCUGACAGCCUUCCUGGAGCUCAUGGACCACGGCAUCAUCUCCUGGGACAUGGUGUCCAUCAGUUUCAUCAAACAGAUCGCGGGCUAUGUGAGCCAGCCGACGGUGGACGUCUCCAUCCUGCAGCGCUCCUUGGCCAUCCUGGAGAGCAUGGUGCUCAACAGCCAGAGCCUCUACCAGAAGAUAGCCGAGGAGAUCACCGUGGGGCAGCUCAUUGCCCACCUGCAAGUCUCAAACCAGGAGAUCCAGACGUAUGCCAUCGCCUUGAUCAACGCCCUCUUUCUGAAGGCCCCGGAGGACAAGAGGCAGGAGAAGCUCCUUAACCCGCUAGACCUGCCUUGCACUGAAAUGGCCAACGCCUUUGCUCAGAAGCACCUGCGCUCCAUCAUCCUGGCACACGUCAUCCGGGGCAACCGCCCCAUCAAAACGGAGAUGGCCCAUCAGUUGUACGUGCUGCAGGUCCUGACCUUCAACCUCCUGGAGGAGAGAAUGAUGACCAAAAUGGACCCCAGCGACCAGGCGCAGAGGGACAUCAUCUUUGAGCUGCGCAGGAUCGCCUUUGACGCCGAGUCGGAGAGCAACAGCCUCCCUGGGGGCGGGACAGAGAAGAGGAGAGCCAUGUACACCAAGGACUACAAGAUGCUGGGCUUCAUGAACCACAUCAACCCUGCCCUGGACUUCACCCAGACCCCGCCAGGAAUGCUGGCCUUGGACAACAUGCUCUACCUGGCCAAGUGCCACCAGGACACCUACAUCCGGAUCGUCCUGGAGAACAGCAGCCGGGAGGAUAAGCACGAGUGUCCCUUUGGGCGCAGCGCCAUUGAGCUCACCAAGAUGCUGUGCGAGAUCCUGCAGGUCGGGGAGCUGCCCAACGAAGGCCGCAACGACUACCACCCCAUGUUUUUCACCCACGACCGCGCCUUCGAGGAGCUCUUUGCCAUCUGCAUCCAGCUGCUCAACAAGACCUGGAAGGAGAUGCGGGCCACGGCAGAGGACUUCAACAAGGUGAUGCAGGUGGUGCGGGAGCAGAUCAUGCGGGCGCUGCCCUCGAAGCCCAACUCCCUGGAUCAGUUCAAGAGCAAGCUGCGCAGCCUCAGCUACUCGGAGAUCCUGCGCCUGCGCCAGUCGGAGCGCAUGAGCCAGGACGACUUCCACUCCCCGCCCAUCAUGGAGCUGCGGGAGAAGAUCCAGCCGGAGAUCCUGGAGCUCAUCAAGCAGCAGCGCCUGAACCGCCUCUGCGAGGGGAGCAGCUUCCGCAAGAUCGGGAACCGGCGGAGGCAAGAGCGGUUCUGGUUCUGCCGCCUGGCUCUGAACCACAAAGUGCUUCACUACGGGGAUCUGGAGGACAACGCCCAGGGGGAGGUCACCUUUGAGGCACUGCAGGAGAAGAUUCCCGUUGCAGACAUCAAGGCCGUCGUCACUGGGAAGGACUGUCCGCACAUGAAGGAGAAGGGGGCUCUGAAGCAAAACAAGGAGGCUCUGGAGUUGGCCUUUUCCAUCCUGUACGAUCCAGAUGAGACCCUGAACUUCAUAGCCCCCAACAAAUACGAGUACUGCAUCUGGAUUGACGGCCUGAACGCCCUCCUGGGGAAGGAGAUGGGCAGCGACCUCACCAAGAGCGACCUGGACACGCUACUCAGCAUGGAGAUGAAGCUGCGGCUGCUGGACCUGGAGAACAUCCCCAUCCCAGAGGUGCCCCCGCCCAUCCCCAAGGAGCCCAGCAGCUAUGACUUCGUCUACCACUACGGAUGAUGCCCCACAGCAGCAGAGGCAGGGCCGGGGGGGGGGGGC